GCUUUCUGGAGAGAUACUGACGGAAUCCUCCAGCAGGCAUCUUGCAGAAGUCCUCAGGAAAAGCCAGAGAUUGAACGUAUUAUACUUGUCCCUCAAGAACCCAGAUGAUAAAGCAAUGGAAGUGCUAUGUGAGGGUCUGAAUCAUCCAGAAUGUGCAAUAAAAACGCUUCAGCUUUCUGGAGAGAUACUGACCGAAUCCUCCAGCAGGCAUCUUGCAGAAGUCCUCAGAAAAAACGAGAGAUUGAAUAGAUUAGACAUGUCCCUCAGGAAUCUAGAUGACAAAGCAAUGGAAGUGCUAUGUGAGGGUCUGAAACAUCCAGAAUGUGCAAUAGAAACGCUUGAGAUUUCUGGAGAGAUACUGACCAAAUCCUCCAGCAGGCAUAUUGCAGAAGUCUUCAGGAAGAACCAGAGAUUGAAU